AUGAAGACUCUUCAUUAUCAGCUCUUGCCAUAUGUUUUGUUUUCCUUAUCGUUCCUCCCCUUCAUAGCCUUUUCAAUAAGACAGUUUCCUUUACCGGCGGUUAUAGGCUUGGAUGGAAAGGAGGUGAAGCUGGGCGAGUCCUACUAUGUUUUGACCAGUCUGUUCCCACCUGGGUUGUGCCUUGUGGACAACGUAAAGUGUCCCACAGACAUCAUCCAGUGCCCCCCCUACUACGACGACCCCCUCGGCCUGCCUGUCACCUUCUCCCCCGUUAACUCGACGGAGGACACCGUGGUCCGAGAGGACACUCCCUACCGUAUUGAGUUGUCCGCCGCGGGAAACUGUAGCAACGGAAGCUUCUGGUACCUAAAGGAUGACGAAUACGGCACCGACAGGCAUUUCGUUGCCGUAGGUCCCGACACUGUCGCUGUGGAGUUUAUAUUCCAUAAACUGGUGUUGGGGUACAAGAUCAUCCGAUGCGUAGUAUUUCCAAUUCCAACUGUUCCCAUUUGCUUCGGCGUUGGGUUUGUACCGACAUUUGGAUUUAAUCGUCUGGGUAUCGGGUCGGACGUCCAGCCCGUCGACUUUUUCUUCGCCAAGGCUACAACUAAUUCCACUGCACCGUCACCUACUGCAUCGGCAAGCUAA